AUGAAGCUGUGGCUCGGUUUGGCAGAGGCGCCGCGUCGGAGGAGAGAGAGACGGCGUCAUCGGACAGGGCUCAUGGCGCAGGACGUUAAAAACCCGACGGUAAACGAAGAUAGCUACAUCGCUGCAUCUUACGUCAAAACCCUGGAGUCGGCUGGGGCCAGGGUCCUUCCCAUCAUGAUUAACCGACCUGAGGAGGAGUACAGGAUGUUAUUCAAGGCCAUUAACGGAUUCUUUCUUCCUGGAGGAGCUGCCAACAUCAUGGACUCUGGUUACGCCACAGCUGCAAACAUUUUCUACGAUUUAGCCAUUGAGGCAAAUAAAAAAGGAGACUAUUUUCCGAUUUGGGGCACGUGUCUUGGGUUUGAACAGCUCGCUGUAAUCACAGCUAAGAAACGCGUUCUAGUGAGGACAAAUACCACCGCAGUGUCUCUGCCUCUCAACUUUACAGCCGAGGCGAACGGGAGCCGGCUAUUUAAGGAUUUCCGUCCUGACGUGAUGUCCGCUCUGGCCACUGAGCCCAUCACCAUAAACGCACACAAGUGGAGCGUUUCAAUGGAGACAUACUACGAGAAUGAAGACCUGAACAAGUUUUACAAAGUGCUGUCCACAAACACAGAUGGAAAAAUAGAGUUUAUUUCCACAUUUGAGGCCUACGAUUACCCCUUUUACGGCGUCCAGUAUCACCCAGAGAAGAACCCGUACGAAUGGACCAGAGACUUCUACGUCCACACGCCGAUCUCAAUCCGAAUGACUUUCUGCUUCGCCGACUUUUUUGUCAAUGAAGCCAGGAAAAGCAAACACACGUAUGAAAGUGAACAGUGGAUUCGAGAUUUGCUGAUCUACCACUCCACCCCCACCUACACCGGAGAAACUUCCAGCGUAUUUGAGCAGAAAUAUUUUUAUUUUGCCCCCGAAGUGUCUAGCACCACUGUGCCGGCUCCGUCUGAGCGUGAUUCUCACGUCGAUCAGUCACUGUUUGGGGGCGCUGUUCAAAUCAUGGCUCACGUCAACAUCGGCUUCAUAACUGCUGUCGUCUUUUCUGUGAUUUUAAAUGCUGAAAUGUGGUAAAAAUGUGGUGAUGAAGUGAGUUAGAUUCAUGUUCUAGAAAUAAAUAAUCUUCAAAUUUCAGAUGGAGGACAAGGGAUUAAUAAAAAUCCAUAGUAGAGAUAAAAGUAAAGUGACUAUUAGACAUCGAUGGAGUAGUAAAUGAAAAAUACUCUCUAUCUCUAUCUUUUUGAAAAUGUUAUAUUCACCGAAAAACAACAGAUUAACAUGUUUUAUAAGUUUCAGGCUACGUAUACAUGAUGACGGUCUGAAAAGACGACGCAAAAGUGGCGUCGCGUCUUCACUUUUUAUUCCGCGUUUGAAUGAGCGUUUUUGGGAGGAAAUCUUCGUGCAUACGGUGACGCAAAAGUGUGUGGAAUUAGAUUGGGUAUACAUGCCAGGCGUCUCGGUGGUGAUGUAUGUGACGUAAACGCAUAUGUGACGUGAGCAGAUCUGACCAGAGUUUUGCGUCUUGGGCAGUAUAGACGGAAACGCUAUGACAGAGCGUAUUAAACUUUUCCACUCUGGACGGUGGUUUCAGAUUUUUGCAUUUUUAAGCUCCCAAAAACGCCGCCACCGUCUUAACGAAAGGCACUUCUGAUAAAAUAUUUUGUCGUUUUUACCCACAAGCGUUCUCGUGUAAACAGGCCCUCAGUUCGGUUUUUGACUCUCCACCCCUCCAUUUGCUCUCCAUGCUAAGUGAUUCCCCCUUCAGAGAACCAUCACAACAUGACACAUGUGCAUUUUGCUAAUGAAACUACAGCACAUCGCAUCAGGUUUAUGAAUUUGUAAAGCUAUUUUGUAUCACGUUUUUGUAUAUUUAUGGAGAAUUGUCGCAUGUGGGCGGAGCAUUGGACAGAAUCUUACAGCGAACCAUAACGAGGCUUUGAAUGGGGCCUGGGAGAGAUCGCUAAAUUACCGAAACAUGCAUGGAUGGCAUCUAAAACCUGCCUGAUAAGGGAAUAACAUUAAAGCAUAGUCGAUUUUGCAUUAUACCCCCACUUUAAUUACAUAUCUGUAGUUAUAAUCCACAAUAUUUGACCCUCUUUUGUUUUUUGUUUAGAUCCAAAAAUGGAAUCAAAUAUCAAUCUUGUGUCUUCAGUUGUCUGCAUAUAAUCAAGUUUGCAAGUGUGACCCUUUAAUUCCAAAGAUAUUAAUUCUAAAGCUGGUCAAAACAUUUCAUUUUGUUUCAAUUCUCACCUGUCCUCCAUCUCAGUUAUAAUCUAUUUAUAUUUAUGCGCUUUAGAAUAUCGUGGUGUCAUGUAAACUCUUCACUACUUUUUUCAAUAUGUAACUUGUAAUGUUUCUUGGUAUGGACGCCAUUUUGAGGACUUUUGGACAUUGCAAAAAAGAAGAAGAAUAAGUCUUAAUUUCAUGCAAAUUGAAACCCAUAUAGCAGGCGAAAUUGUUUUUAAUUUACUUUGAAGAAUAUACAAAUGUGCAAAAGAAAUACAAACAACAAGAACAAACUGAUUCUUCUUUUCAGUGGUCAAAAGUCCUUAAAAUGUCGCCUUUAAACUACAUUCUUAAACAUAUGAAUUACUUGUGUACCGGUGUUCGUUCUUCUGUAAUGUUGUUAUUGUAUGAUACCAUAGAUUUAUGUCUCUAAAAAUAAGUUUUGUGUCCUUGAGCAAGACACUUCACCCACCUUGGCUCUCGUGUCUGGAACAAAAAUACGAAAUGUCUAAUCUGUCUUGAAUCGUGCAGUACAACAGGGGUCACCAAACUUUUUUCCUCUGGGGGUCACAUUAUCGCUCGUAUAACAGAAUUGUUUGACUCUGACGACGCAGAUUAUAUUCUUUGAAAACCGCCGCACUUUCUUUACAUAUCAGACAACUGCACGGUCCUGACACUGAACAAAAAAAUAAUCAGUCGUCCACUGUUCUUUGAAAACUCUGCGCUGUCUGUCAACUUUUCGUACUUUAACACUCGCCAUUUUAACUGCACUACAUCGACUGUCACUGUUUGCUCUCGAGUUUCUCAGGUGACGAAAAUUCGACAGCAAAUUGAAAUUCUUCAUGUAAUUAUUUAAAUAUAAAUACUUCAUAUAAUUAGGGAUGUAACAAUAACCGAAAUAUCGUGAUAUUGUAUCGUCAAAGUUCUCACAAUAUAUCGAAUUAUAAGUCUCUUUGCUUAAAUUAAGAGUAAUGGUGCAGCAAUAACCUAAAAAAAAGACAGAGGGAACUACAUAGACCAUGAUCCUUUGCUCCAUUUCAGUGCAAACUACAAGAAGAAACAACAGUUCUAACACUUUUAAGUCUUAGUUCUUUGGAUUAAGGCUUGUCAAGCUAUUUUAAGAGGAAAAAGUCGCCUAUUAACAGUUUUGUUAGUCUCCACAAAAUAUCGCAAUAAAUAUCGUACUGUGAGAUGUAUAUCGUGAAAAUAUCGCGUAAAUGUCUUAAGAGAUUUGAGCCUCCACGCCAUAUCGUGAGCUCUCCCACGAUAUCGCAAUAAAUAUCUGAGACUUGGAUAUGGACUUGGAGAUUUUUUAUUGAAAAAAAUCUGCAAAAUACAAAAUGCAGAUGUGUUAUUAUUUGGCAAAACGUCAUUAAAAAAAAAGAAACAGGCCAUGAUGACUUUUGAGGAUUGUCUCAUAGGACCGGUUCCCGCGGGCCUUAGUUUGAUGACCCCCACAGUACAACAUGCACUGCUCCAAGUUGCGGUGGAUUGUUUGUGAAUUAUGAAAAGCUUCGAUGUUAUUUAUAUUAUACUGUUGUUGUGUUGUUUCUGUGUAAUCUGUACAAAUAAAAACAUAAUCAUAGUUUUAA